CCUCCAGAAAUCCUCAACCCUUUUUCAGUAGCGGGGAUUUAUUUGUCUUUUCUUACAGUGAGUGAUAACAUGUUAUCGUACUAACUAGAGACAGUAUUGAGAUCGUGUUCUCUCUCUGUUUUAUGGAAAUGAAAUGUGAAAAAGACGCGUUUCCGCUGUGAAAAUUGAGCUUUUAAUUUAGACACCGGCCAAGAUUAUGAAGUGUACGUGGAGUCGUAGUCGUGUGUAUUUCGCUCGUGUGCGCUGAAUAAACUCACGUGCGUAUGGAUUCAGACGGAAGGAGAGACAGGUGGGACUGGGACAGCCCGCAUUGCAGAGCUCAGCUGGACGAGGUCUUCUUCCGCAAAAAUGACUACAUCCAGACGGGCAGCCCGGAGCACAGGGAGUUCUGGGCUUUCUUUGACCGCUUCCAGAGGUUUAAAACAAAGAAGGACAUGUGUGGGUCGGUCGGAGCCAGGGGGAGAAAUGGUGACAGGGACGAAGAAAGAAAAGUCAAGGGAAAGACUGCAAAGGUAGAUCUGGGCCUUCCUGUGGAGUAUGAUGCUCGCUACCGGAUCAACGUGUCAGUGUGUACAAGAGAUAUUGAGGAGCGAGUAGGUAAGUCAGAGCACAGAAGCAGGCAGAGAUCUUCAGGACCAGGGGAUCAGGAGAUCUCGGAUUGCCGCCUGGCUCUACUUCACUUUCUGGACUUCAACCAGAGGCAGAGUUUUGGCAAACUGGCCAAGCUUCGCCGGGAACAGAAGAACCUGCCCAUCUUUCAGUAUCAAGACAAAAUAGUGGAGCUGGUGCGAAGACACCCCGUGGUUGUAGUGGCUGGUGACACGGGCUGUGGGAAAUCCACCCAAGUACCUCAGUAUCUCCUGUCAGCCGGAUUCGACUACAUUGCCUGCACACAGCCUCGACGAAUUGCCUGCAUCUCCCUCGCAAAGAGAGUCAGCUUUGAGAGUCUGAAUCAGUAUGGAUCAAAGGUUGGAUUCCAAAUCCGCUUUGAGACGACACGGACCAUAGCCACAAAACUGCUGUUCCUCACCGAGGGGUUGCUCCUGCGACAGAUCCAGCAGGACAGGACUUUGGCUCAGUACCAGGUAGUGAUCGUGGAUGAGGUCCACGAGAGACACCUUCACUGUGACUUCCUUCUUGGGGUCCUGCGCACUCUGGUCGCCGAACGGCCAGACCUGCGUCUCAUCCUGAUGUCGGCCACCAUCAACAUCAAACUUUUCUCCCACUAUUUCAGUAGUGCUCCUGUGCUGCAGGUGCCAGGCAGGCUGUUUCCUAUACAGGUGAUUUACAAGCCCAUUCCACCUGAAGAACAGGCCUCACGUUCUGAGAAACUGGAUCCCAGACCGUACCUGCGCAUCCUGCAGGGCAUUGACCAACGUUACCCGCCAGAGGAGCGCGGCGACCUGCUCCUCUUCUUAAGUGGCGUGGCAGAGAUUUCUACCAUCCAGGAAGCGUGUCAGGUUUAUGCCACACACACACAACGCUGGAUAGUGUUGCCGCUUCACAGCACGCUCUCUCUGGCUCAGCAGGAUAAGGUAUUUGACAUCUCUCCUCCCGGGGUGAGAAAGUGUAUCAUCUCUACCAAUAUUGCCGAAACCUCAGUGACAAUCGAUGGUGUUCGCUUUGUUGUCGACUCAGGAAAGGUUAAAGAAAUGAGUUUUGAUCCUAAGGCCAAAAUGCAGCGUCUGCAGGAGUUCUGGAUCAGCAGAGCCAGUUCUGAGCAGAGGAAAGGUCGAGCCGGUCGCACGGGUCCUGGAGUGUGUUACCGUCUUUAUGCUGAGUCAGACUAUGACGCCUUUGCACCUUAUCCCGUUCCUGAAAUCCACAGAGUGGCUCUGGACUCCCUCAUUCUCCAGAUGAAGAGCAUGGGUCUCGGAGAUCCGAUGUCUUUUGUCUUCAUUGAUCCACCCCCAGCUGCUAGUAUUCAGACUGCAGUAACUUAUCUGAAAGAGCAGGGGGCGCUUGACAGUCAUGGUGAACUGACUUCUAUUGGGACGUUGCUGUCACAGCUUCCUGUGGAUGUGGUCAUAGGGAAGAUGCUGGUCCUGGGCUCUUUGUUUAACCUUGUGGAGCCUGUGUUGACUGUGGCAGCAGCCCUCAGCGUUCAGUCACCGUUCCUGCGCAGCUCACAGAACAAUCCAGACUGCGCCACUGCCCGCCAGCCCCUGCACAGCAACCAGGGAGACCCCUUUACCCUGCUCAAUACCUUUAAUGCCUGGGUGGAGGUAAAGGGGGAACGAGGAGGAGGCUCAAGGAAAUGGUGCCGGAGGAGGGGCUUGGAGGAGCAGCGCCUGUAUGAGAUGGUCAACCUACGCAGACAGUUCAGGGACUUGCUGAAGAGCCACAGCCUGCUGGAGUCGGAGAAAAAUGCUGCCUCUGAUGGCGAUCGUGGGCAGCGCAGGAUGAGGCUCACCGAGAGGAAGAAGCUGCAUCAGCUGAAGAGAGAUCACGAGCAGCAAGAGGGCAGCAAACGUAAGGUCCUAAAGCUGGAGGAGGGCCACGACGGAGACAUGUCUUCAGGAUCAGACACAGAGGAAACGAGCCGGCGCAAGAAGGACAAGGACGGGCCAGGACAGAAUAUGGACAUUCAGGAAGUGAAGUUCAAGUUGCGUCACAACAUAUCUGAGCUGCAGGAGGCCGUCACCGUCAGUCAGGACAUGUCCUCGCGCCACCAGGCCUUACUUAAGCUGCUGCUGUGCCGAGGACUCUACCCUCAGCUGGCGGUGCCCGACGAACACAACACCAACCGCAAGGACUCAGACCAGGUGUUUCACACAAAGAAUAAGCAGGGUGUGGUGAUCCAUCCAACCAGUGUGUUUGCCAGCGACCCAGAGGUCCUACUUGUCCCAGAUGAUGGUGUCAGCGAAUUGGGGUCUGAUCGUAGGGACAGCAGCAAACAUCAGCUGCUCGCUUUCGUCACUCUGCUCGAGACCAACAAGCCAUAUUUGUCCAACUGUGUGCGAGUUCCAGCGCUGCAGGCCCUGCUGCUGGUUGCCAACUCCAUGGACAGCAACGCCGACUGUGCACGUCUCGUGAUGGACGGCUGGCUGGAGGUGGAGCUGAGGCAGCCUGAGGAGGCAUCGAAGCUGCUCUCCACGGCGCUCUCUCUCCGGGGUGAGUGGGAGCGCCUCCUGCUGGCCCAACUUGGACAGAGCACAGAGAUGAGAUCAGCAGCCCAGGGCGUGUCCCGUAAAACCAUGGAGAAGCUGAGCGAUCGUCUGGUCCGCUUCCUGCUCUACACUGAGGUCAGUUACAGCCUGCGGCGACUCACAGCUUUCCAGACCCAGAACCUCUACAUCGGGCCUCAGCCUGAGUCUGAGCUGUUUCAGGGCAAACCUCCUGAUCUGAACUCACUGUUUCCAGGAGCAGAGGUCAAGCCACACCCCAUCAAAGGAGGCCUGCGUGUCACCAGCUUCUUCACCUACAACUGUCUGGCUGACUCCAAGGAUUUGUACAGUGAGUGUUUACGCACUUUCUGGAGUUGUCCCAACUGUGACCUUUACAUGCCUCUAACUCCACUGGAGCGCAUGCAGCACGAGGCCUCCUGCAGGCCAGCCGGAGAACAGCAGCAGACGGGGGAAGAGCCUGCAGAGGGAAAGCCCGGCCCGUCGUCGGUGUCCAGUCUCAGCAGAGUUUACCACUGUGACGUCUGUAACAAAGACCUGACCCUCACCUCCACUGAGAUCCUCAAACACAAAAGGCAGCACAAGUAGCUCACACCACUACACGACCACAGUUCUGCUGAGGAUAAACUGAAUUUUUUUUUUUUUUAAAUAGCAUUUGUGACACUCGCUCUUUCUUCUGUACUUAUAAAACAUUCAAUUAAAUUGCUGUCCCCUGCCCCUGGUGGUCACUGGAUAUAUUUCCUGUUGCUUCCUGCUUGGCAAUAAUCAAAAAGUAAACAAGACAAGUGAUGGAACAAGAGACUGUUUUUUUAAAAUAUAGAGUGAGGGUUUAAUAAUGAUACAAACCCACGAUAUGUAACACCUCAAAGCAGCACAUUGGCACAAAGUCAGAAGUAAGACAGCACGGAAGAUAAAAACCUGUCUCCAAAAAAUAAAGAAUCAGAAUAAAUAUCUCAAUAAAUAAAUAAACAGGUAAUAUCUCAUUAAUUACUUUGAAACUAAUAAAUACGUACAGUUGGAAAAUAUGCACAUUGGCAGAAAUCAAUAACGGAAAAAAAAGGAAAUAGUACUGAAUACAGAGUUACUUAGAAAUCAUAAGUUAUUGAUUACUCAAAUCAAAAGGCACAUUUAUUAAGAUGUAAGGAUGGGGCCUGCAGUUGUGAUCACAUGACUGUCAGUGCUGUACUCUAACACCAUUUCUGGACCAGGAGUAGCAAACUGUGUGCAAUGGCUUUACUAGUUCUGUGUGUCUGCACCAUCGAGUGAACGUGUGAAUCUGUGUGUGUGUGUGUGUGUGUGUGUGUGUGAACGUGAACGUCUAUGCAGUGCAGAUCUGUGUGAUUAUCGCGUGUGUGUGUGAGAGACGUGGGGUUAACGUAGGAUCAGGUGAUGGCAGUCGAGUGACUGAGUUUGUGUUUCCUGUCCUUGUGACUGGAUUUUUUGUUUGUUUUUUUUUAGGUUUUUUUAAGACGUUGGACCAACAUUGUUGGCAGGCUGGCCUAGUACACAAGUGCUGAGUGUCCCAUAGCGCAAAAAAGUCAAGGGUGGUGUUGAUCAGCAGUUGUGUUUUCUCCACCUGUUCACUCACUUUAAGUCACUUUGGAUAAAAGUUCUUGGCGAAACCUAAAAACGGAAAUAAUCUGGCGAAGCUUCUGAAGUGGUUCAUUCUGCCUGUGACUUCAAGAUCCUCCAUUUGAGAUAUGAGAUUAUUGUAAUAACUAGUAAACACUGGUUCCCCCUAUGAUUACCACUUAAUUAUUUGUACUAAAGGACAAUGCCUUUUGGAAUUAAAAGAGAAAUUCCCCCCA